AUGAAGGUCAAAGUAUUACAAAGAGAUGUAAGCAAAUAUCAGGACAAAUCAAAAGGUUCUAUACAAAGGAUUUAUCAUAAUCCAGAUCCUAGUAUUCACCCUUUUGAGAAAGCUAGAGAAUAUACCAGGGCAUUAAUGAGUGUAAAAUUAAGAAAAAUGUUUUCAAAGCCUCUAGUUUCAGUAUUUGAGGGUCAUUCAGAUACUGUUCAAUGUUUAGCUAGAGCUCAUCAUCAUCUUUCUGAUAUAUAUAGUGGUGGAUUUGAUGGAACAGUAAGAUAUUGGAAUUUAGCAGGGAGUAGAAGAUGUGAAUAUAUGAUUAGGGCGCAUGAAGGAGCAGUACGUGGAUUAUGUGUUACAAAUAAUGAUAAGCACUUAUUUUCAUGCGGUGAUGAUAAGAAAUUGCAAAUGUGGAAAAUAUCUAAAAGAGAAUCAGUUAAUGAAGUGAAUUUAAUGGAAUUAGAAGAUGAAGGAAAUGCUGAGGAUGUUUUUAAUGGAUAUGAUAAUAUUUCCAGUUUUUCAAAGGCAAUUGUUCCAGAAACUACAUUUCUUGCGAAUAAUCAAUUAUACAGUUUAGAUCAUCAUUGGAAUAGUGGUGUAUUAAUAAGUAGUGGAGUUGGUGGUUUACAUGUAUGGGAUCAUCAUAGAAGUACACCAUUACAAGAAUUUGAAUGGGGAAACGAAACAGUUUAUUCUGCAAGGAUUAAUCCAAGUGAACCUCAUAUUGUUGCAACAGUUUCUUCUGAUAAUUCUGUUGGACUUUUUGAUAUUAGAUCAUCAACAGCAUUACGUAAAGUUGUUUUAUCUAAUAAAUCAAAUGCAAUCUGUUGGAAUCCUCAGCAACCACUUAAUUUCACAAUUGCUAAUGAUGAUUCUAUGCUUUAUACAUUUGAUAUGAGAAAACUUAACAUUGCUAGAUAUAUAUAUAAAGGAUUUGUUCAUGCUGUUUUAGAUGUUGAUUAUAAUCCAAUGGGAAACAGCUUUGUUGCUGGUAGUAGAGACAAUACUAUUCGAAUCUUUAAUAUUGACCAAGGAUCUUCUAGAGAUAUUUAUCAUGCCAAAAGAAUGCAUAAUGUUUGGGCUACCAAAUUUACUGCUGAUGGGAGAUUUAUUGUAAGCGGUUCAUCUGAUUUUUGUAUUCGCUUAUGGAAAAAUGAAGCUAGUCAACCACUUGGGCCUAGAUCUUAUAGAGAAAGACAAACUUUGGCUUAUAGAAAUAAACUUAUCGAAAGAUACCAAUAUUUACCUGAAAUUAAAAAGAUUUCAAGGCAUCAUCAUGUACCAAAGAUGAUAAAAUCUAUUCAAGAGAGAAAACUUGAACAAAUUAAUGCCAAGAAAAAGAGGGAGCAAAAUCUUAAAGAUCACACCAAAGAUUCCUCAAAGCCAGUCCCAGAAAGACAAAAAUCUAUUGUUUCUGUUUUAGAGUAA